CAUGGAGAGCAAUAGGGACGAGGCAGAGCGCUGUGUUCUGAUAGGGAAGGCGGCCAUAGAAGCCGGAGACAAGGAGAGAGCCAGGAGGUUCCUCAGCAAAGCGGAGAGACUGUACCCGAGCAGUGAGGCCCGAGUUUUGUUGGAUGCUCUUGAAAAAAAUGACACAACGGGAAAUGGACCAAAAAGUGACAAAAUGACAAAGGGUACAGAACAAACCAAAGCCGAGAAAGACAGUAGUGCUUUUUCAGGUGGAGACACAGGAAAGAGCCACACCCAGGACCAGGUGGAUGGAGUACAAAGGAUAAAGAAAUGCAAAACAUAUUAUGAAGUAUUAAGUGUUAGUCCUGAUGCUGGAGAGGAGGAUUUAAAAAAGGCCUAUCGAAAGCUGGCUCUGAAGUUUCAUCCUGAUAAAAAUCAUGCACCUGGCGCCACAGAAGCAUUUAAAAAAAUUGGAAAUGCCUAUGCAGUGUUGAGUAAUCCUGAGAAGCGCAAGCAAUAUGACCUUACUGGAAGCGAGGAUCACGUGCAGAACAAUCAUAGGAAUGCUGGCUUUGACUACCGCAGGGGCUUCGAAGCAGACAUCACCCCUGAAGAUUUGUUCAAUAUGUUUUUUGGUGGAGGCUUCCCAUCAGGAACUGUACAUACAUUUUCCAAUGGACGGACUAGAUACAGCCAUCACCAGCAUCAUCAUCAUAGUGGACACGAUAGAGAAGACGAAAGGGCAGAUGGUGGUUUCUCCAUGUUUAUCCAGCUGAUGCCUAUAAUUGUUUUGAUUCUUGUGUCUUUGCUUAGCCAAUUAAUGGUCUCCAACCCUCCAUACAGUUUAUAUCCAAGAUCUGGUCAAGCUACUAAACGUGUAACAGAAAACCUUAAAAUUUCCUACUAUGUGAGCAAGGACUUUCACUCUGAAUACAAUGGCAUGUUGCUCCAAAAAUUAGAGAAAAACAUUGAAGAAGAUUAUGUGGCUAAUGUCCGAAAUAACUGCUGGAGAGAGAGGCAACAGAAAUCAGAUUUAAUGCAUGCAGCAAAAGUGUAUCGGGACGAGAGACUAAGAAUGAAAGCGGAAUCAAUAUCUAUGGAUAACUGUAAAGAACUUAAUCGACUCACAUCACUUUUUCGAGGUGGAUGAAAGAUUAUGCCUCUGUUUCUUUGGACAUCCUUUUUUCAUGUAAAAUCCAAGCUAAGUGCUCUACCAUGACUGGCCAUGCAGGGAGUAUAAUACCAUUUAUCUGGCUAAUUUCAGGUCACAGGGUCCAUUUUUUUUUAUUUAUUUUUUUUUACAUUCGUUUAUUUCAAGAAUUAAAAAAAAAAAAACAAAAAAAAACAAUUUCAGACACCGCUUUGGAAUCUUGAAUCCAUGAAGGGCAUGUAAAUAUUUCACCUAAUUUUAUUGUAUAUAAGAGUUAAGAAUUUUCUAUGUACAUAGUUACAGAUGUGAUUGGAUCUGAUUUUCAUACUAUUCCAUCAAAUAUGACAAGAGUUCAAACCAACCAUAAAAAGAAGUUAUAUUUAAUUGUGUAGCCUUGUAAAAUAAUCUUUAAACUAAGUGCUUGCGGCCAUUUUCUUGAGUUAAUUUUGCAAUCCGAAGUCUUCCCCCCCAAUAAUGAAGCACUCACAUUGUUGCUAGUUAUCUUGCUUGUUCAAAAAAUCGGGCUCAGUUGGUUGAGUAGUUUGAUUUGCCAGUCAGAGAAAAGAGCUGGCCGUACAUGGAACAAUUUGAUUGUACUGAAUUGCCAUUCAAUCUAGGAGAUCCUUAAGCAGUUUAUAGACCUUUUGCACACAAUUGUCAUCACAGCUGGUCUGUCUGUUAAAAAAAUCUUCUGCAUUUGCAUGGUCCUCUGCUUUCCCAGAAGUCUGUAGAUUGCGGCUGCUGCUGCUGCUACACAAAUCAAGGGCCAACAGACCUGUGAGCCAUUCUCUGAUUUUACUGGACAAGCAGUUGAUAUAUGACUGCAGAAAGAAAAUGUAAAUAAAUUAUUGUUAUUUUUGUGCCUGUUGUUUAAAAAAACAAAAACAAAACAUAAUUCAAUAAAACUGUGGAUUUUGUUACAGGUCGGAUUCUUUUUAAAUAUGUUGUAUGUAGUGAAUUGGUUUGUUCUAGCUUGAGAAGGCCAAAAAGCAAUGAGUUUUUAUAUGUUAUGCUGAAAUUACUGAUUUGUUGUAGUGUAUGGAAAAACAUGACACCCAGCAUCAAAAGUGCAGCUGAAUUUUGAGUUUUUUCAAGUUUAGAUCAACAUUAAUUGUAGUAUUCGAUUUGCAAGUCAGGCCUAGAAGUUUGGCAGUUGCAAUGCGGCAGUCAGGGAAGUAGGGAUGCCUGGGUCCACCCCAGUUAAAUUGCAGAGAGAUGGGGGGAAGCAGUGGUUUAAACGUGAACAAUAAGAACAACUCCUUGACUAUUCUUUGUUUUACUGACACUGUCUUAAAAAAACUGGACUUUGUCGUCGUCGUCAUCAUCAUCAUCAUCAUCAUCAUCAGUUUAAGGAAAAAUAAAUGUGGGGAACGCCACUUGCAAAAAGUGUAUUUUUAGAUCAUACAGUAUAAUGAGAUUCUUGCUGUUUUCCUAAAGAACAUGAUCUGCACAAACCUCCUAUACAGAACUCUUGUCUUUGAGAAUAUGCUUUUUGACUGGUGUGAUACUAAUUAGUGUGUGCACUAGGGUUCACUUGGAGAAGCACUAGACUAGUCUUUUUGUCAACUGUGUAAAUAUGUAUUGUUAUUGGCCAGCUAAAAUAAGCUUAUCCAGAUAAUAGUUAAUUUCUAGAUACAAAAUCACACAAUUCGCAGUUUUUUUUGCCUUAAAUGAUGUGCUACAUUAAUCCUAAUUUUGUGAAGUUUUUCCUUUUGUAUAAAAAGCGAAUUAAGGAACUUCAUUUUUUUAUUCUCAGUGCAUAUUCCAAUAAAUGAGUAUUGUCCCUUAAGGGUAAUGUCCCGUUUUAAGUAGAUUUUCCAACAGUAUUUUUCUGGUAGAGACAUGCCAGAGUCUGCCUUCUGCUACUUAUGUUAACUUUAGUGGGAGAUAAGAAACAGAAAUACAGAUUUGAUUGCUUUUCUAACAGUAAAUAAUGUGUUCAGCAUUCUGGCGGGAAAGCGUUUUGCACUUCCCUGAACCAGUGGACACUGCAUGGGACUUUGGCCUAAAUGGGAAUAUAGAUCCACUGCUAUAGAUCAUAGCUGCAUGAAUAUUUUUCACAUAGCAAAAACAUUAUCAAAAUAAAUGUUUUCUCCUUUGUGAGAAGGCAAUGAAAAGUAAAUAUUUUUUCUAUAAAUUUUAGUUAAAUCUGUCCCUGUCUCUCUCUUGAUAACUGCCCAGGGUAGGCAUUAUACCUCAUUUUUUGUCCUAUGUGUUUAAACUAUAAACUUCACUUUGUACCACAUUCAGCCAUCAGAUUGUGUGAGCUUUACCUCAGGAACUAUAAAUAUGAAGUAAAAUCGGUGAGCUGAUACAAAGUGAAUCAAAAGUGGGUUACAUUCCAGAAAAAAGUAGUAGCUACUGAAGAUAUAUAAUUUUUUUUAAUGCAUGGUAGGAGACCCUUCCAAACUUGCAUUGCACACAGAACAGAUUAAUGCUCUUGUCUAGCAGAGUAGAAAACAGAAGUUAGCUUUUCUAAUCCAAACUCUGGUUAGUGUUAAUACUGUAUAUCAGGGGUGUCCAACUUGCGGCCCGAGGG